AUGAGCAGUCCGACGGAGCAUGACUACAUCUCUGUCCCCCCCCUUUUCGAGGACCUCCAGGAUGAGAUUUAUCAACCGUUUCCUCCGCCGGUUUCCCCGGUUUUUGCUCGGUUUCCAGGGAAACAGUCCGGGACAUCAAGCACAUCUGCGGACUGCCUUCAGAAAGAGGAGGGUCAGAAAGUUGGUGGGCUCCUUGUGUCCCACUUGGAAGAGGAGUCCAUGGUCUUCAGGACAGAGCCACAGGAAGCCCUGGAUAUGAAGAAGUCAGGUUACGAAGGGCAAAAGAAACUUACUUCAAAUAGUUCUGUGCAUGCCUGCAUAUUUUAUAUUUUAUUGCUGGUCACAUUGUGCUGCUUCCUUGGAGUGACAUCAUCACUCAACCUGGAGGACCCCAACGUUUGCAGUCAAUGGGAGAGCUACUCUGUUACAGUACAGGAGUCCUAUGCACACCCGUUUGAUCAGAUUUACUAUACCAGUUGCACCGACAUUCUCAACUGGUUCAAGUGCACACGGCACAGGGUGAGCUAUCGGACAGCUUACCGGCGAGGAGAGAAGACCAUGUACCGUCGCAAGUCUCAGUGCUGCCCAGGCUUCUAUGAGAGCAGGGAGAUGUGUGUCCCUCACUGCGCUGAGAAAUGUGUGCACGGCCGCUGCGUGGCCCCAAACACCUGCCAGUGUGAACCAGGCUGGGGAGGAGCCGACUGCUCCAGUGCGUGUGACAGCAGUCAUUGGGGACCACACUGCAGUAACCGUUGCCAGUGUAAAAAUGGGGCCCUGUGUAACCCCAUCACGGGUGCGUGUAUCUGCACACCUGGAUACCGUGGCUGGCGCUGUGAGGAAGUCUGUGAGCCUGGUACCUAUGGGAACGGCUGCCAACAGGAGUGCCAAUGCCAAAACAGUGCCAGCUGCCAUCACAUCACUGGAGAGUGCACGUGUAGCGCUGGCUACACUGGCGCAUUCUGUGAGGACCUGUGCCCACCAGGCAAACAUGGUCAGCAGUGUGAGGAACGUUGUCCUUGUCAGAAUGGGGGAGUGUGUCACCACGUCACUGGAGAAUGUUCCUGUCCAGCUGGAUGGAUGGGAACCGUGUGUGGGCAGCCAUGCCCUGAGGGUCGCUUCGGAAAGAACUGCUCUCAGGAGUGCCAGUGCCAUAAUGGUGGCACGUGCUCGUCCUCCACUGGCCAGUGUGUGUGCAGUCCAGGGUACACUGGAGAGAGGUGCCAGGAUGAGUGCCCAGUUGGCACAUACGGCGUGGGCUGCAGCCAGACGUGUCGCUGCAUGAAUGGCGGCAAGUGCUAUCACAUCAGCGGGGCAUGUCUGUGUGAACCGGGCUACACAGGUGAAUACUGCGAGGUACGACUCUGUCCAGAGGGUGUCUACGGGCUCAAGUGUGACAAGACGUGCCCCUGCCACACCCGGAACACUCGCAGCUGCCACCCCAUGUCGGGUGAGUGCUCGUGUCAGCCAGGCUGGUCUGGUCUAUACUGUAAUGAGACGUGUACUCCGGGUUUCUACGGUGAGGCCUGCCAGCAAGUGUGCCAAUGCCAGAAUGGUGCUGACUGCCACAGCGUGACUGGAGAGUGCAUCUGUGCUCCUGGCUUCAAAGGGCUAAACUGCUCCACGCCUUGCCCUGCAGGGACCCACGGUGUGAACUGCUCUUCCACAUGUGCCUGUAAGAAUGGAGCCGUAUGCUCACCUGUGGAUGGAGCCUGUUCCUGCAAAGCAGGUUGGCACGGUGUGGACUGCUCCAUAAACUGCCCCAGUGGCACGUGGGGACUGGGCUGUAACCUCACCUGUAUGUGUGGAAACGGAGGGGCCUGUAACGCACUAAAUGGCCAGUGUACAUGUGCCCCAGGUUGGAGAGGAGAGAGAUGUGACAUUAACUGCCAGGAUGGCACCUAUGGCAUGGACUGUAAGGAGCGCUGUGAUUGUAGCCAUGCUGAUGGCUGUCAUCCUGCCACAGGGCACUGCCGCUGCCUCGCAGGCUGGACUGGAAUCCACUGUGACAGCGUGUGCCCUGAGGGUCGCUGGGGGCCAAACUGUUCUCUGCCCUGUAACUGCAAAAAUGGAGCGUCCUGUUCACCUGAUGAAGGCACAUGUGAGUGUGCUCCGGGCUUCAGAGGAACCACGUGCCAGCGCAUCUGUUCUCCGGGUUACUUUGGCCAUCGCUGUAGUCAGACAUGCCCACAGUGUGUCCACAGCAAUGGGCCAUGUCACCACAUCACAGGACAGUGUGAUUGUUUACCAGGCUUUAAAGGAGCUCUGUGUAAUGAAGUGUGUCCUAGUGGCAGGUUUGGAAAGAACUGUGCCUGGCCGUGUACCUGCACCAACAAUGGCACCUGUAACCCCAUUGAUGGCUCCUGUCAGUGCUAUCCAGGCUGGAUUGGCAGUGACUGUUCACAGCCUUGUCCUCCUGGUCAGUGGGGACCAAACUGUAUCCACACGUGUAACUGUCAUAAUGGAGCUUACUGCAGUGCCUAUGAUGGAGAGUGCAAGUGCACCCCAGGGUGGACUGGAUUAUACUGCACACAGCGUUGUCCGUUGGGUUUUUAUGGAAAGGACUGUUCUCAGACUUGCCAGUGUCAGAAUGGGGCCGACUGUGAUCACAUCUCAGGCCAGUGCACUUGCCGCACCGGCUUCAUGGGACGACACUGUGAACAGAAAUGCCCAUCUGGCUCUUAUGGUUAUGGCUGCCGACAAGUGUGUGACUGUCUGAACAACUCCACCUGCGAUCACAUGACUGGCACAUGCUACUGUAAUCCAGGAUGGAAGGGAGCUCGAUGUGACCAAGCUGGUGUGAUCAUCGUGGGCAACCUCAACAGUUUAACCAGUGCAGCAGUGCCAGUGGACUCCUACCAGAUUGGUGCCAUUGCGGGCAUAAUCGUCCUUGUACUGCUGGUACUCUUUCUCCUCCUCCUCUUCGUCAUCUACAGGAAAAAGCAAAAGGGCAAGGAGCCCGCCAUGCCCGCUGUCACAUACACCCCUGCCAUGCGUGUCAACGCUGACUACGCCAUUGCAGACACACUGCCACAGACAAAUGAAGGACAUCCAAACAGUAAUUAUUUUUCUAAUCCCAGCUACCACACUCUGACCCAGUGCACCAGCCCUCCGCACGUCAACAACCUGCCCUAUGGAAAGUCAAAAAACAACCAGUUGUUUGUGAACCUAAAGAAUGCGGAGCCAAGAAAGAGACCUCCUCUGAUGGAACACACUGGAACAUUGCCUGCUGACUGGAAACAAGGAGGCUGCUUCAAUGAGCUGGGAGCUUAUGGGGUUGACAGACGUUACAUGGGGAAGUCUUUGAGAGACUUGGUAAAAGGCAUGCCCUACCAUGCCAGCACCAGCUCCCUCAACAGCUCAGAAAACCCUUAUGCCACCAUUAAAGAUCCACCACUUUUAACCCCCAAGAAUACAGAGUGUGGUUAUGUGGAGAUGAAGUCACCGGCACGACAGGACUCCCCCUAUGCAGAGAUACACAACUCCAGCCCUUCUAACAAAAAUGUCUAUGAAGUUGAGCCUACAGUCAACACUGUCCAGUUGCCUGGCAACAACUGCACUGGACCCUUCGGCCAGGACCCUUAUGACCUACCAAAGAACAGCCACAUCCCAAGCCAUUAUGAUGUGUUGCCCACACGAGACAGCCCCCCAUCUCCCCAUAAAGAGCUGGACAGCGAAUGA